AUGCUAAAAUCAAUUUAUUUAAUGCUCUUACCCGUUGCUCUGGGUACACUCCUUCCAAACGAUAACAACUAUCCGAAUCCUGGAUUCAGGAAAGAGAUCAUCGGAACUCAGAUUUACACGUUCCAUCGACAUGCUGCAACUUUUGAUGAAGCCCAGAAUAUUUGCAAACAGAAUGGUGGACGAAUUGCUGUUAUUACUUCUAGAGCACAAGAGCCUGAACUGGUGAGGAUGUUCAAGACCUCAGGCCCAGUCAUAAACGCGUCGCACGGGUGGAAUCGUCAGGCUUUCAUUGGGAUCCAGUACCGCGGAAGUGGGCUAUGGCAAACACUAGAUGGCAAGCCUGCGCCGUACCUUAACUGGAGUCGCAACUGGAGCGGGGGGAUACAACCCAGUAACCCAGACAGGCAACGCUGUGGUAGUUUGUUGCUACAAGGAGCCAUGGACGACGUGCAGUGUAGCGUACGACUAGCUUUCUUCUGCGAAAAAGUAGAGGAAAAACUCAUACCUUUUCUGGGUACAUUCCUUCCAGACGAUAAAAGCUACCCGAAUCCAGGACCUCAGAACACAGAAACUCAGGUUAUCACGUUCCACCGCGAUGCUGCAACUUUUGAUGAAGCCCAGAAAAUUUGCAAACAGAACGGUGGAAGAAUUGCUGUUAUUACCUCUAGUGCACAAGAGGCUGCACUGGUGCAGAUAUUCAAGACCUCAGGCCCAGUCAUAAACGCGUCGUAUGGGUGGAAUCUUCAAGCUUUCAUUGGGAUCCAGUACAGCCAGAGUGGGCAAUGGCAAACACUAGAUGGCAAGCCUGCACCGUACCUGAACUGGAGUCGCAACUGGAUGGGGGUACAACCCAGUAACCCAACAGCGCAACGCUGUGGUAGUUUGUUGCUACAAGGAGCCAUGGACGAUGUGCAGUGUGACGUCAAACUCGCUUUCUUCUGCGAAAAAGUACAGAAAAAAGUCCAACCUUGUGAUUGCGAUGUUUAG